AUGAAUUCCACGACGCAGCCACCCCCAACGCUGACCAACCCUCGAUUCACUCUCGAGCUUGAGUUCGUCUCCUCGCUCGCUAACCCCUACUACCUAUCCCACCUCGCCGUCAACUACCCGAACCUGCUGGGCAUCUCGCGCGCCGACGACGACGAUGAAUCCUCUUCUGCCCCCGAUGCCCAGGCAUUCGCCGCAUACCUAGCCUACCUCUAUUCCUACUGGAAAACCCCGGAGUAUUCUCAAUUCCUGACGCACCCCGGCCCGACCCUGCGCGCGCUUCGCCUGCUCCAGGAGGACAAAUUCCGCCGCGAGAUCAUUCUUCCUCAGGUGAUCGAGGGAUUGGCGGGAUUCAUUGCGCCCAGCGAUCCUGCUGAAGCUGCAGCGACCGAAGUCGAUGCUACCAGCCAGGAGAUCGAGCAACAGGAGAAAAAAAUGGGUCGAAGACAUGAUCGCAUGCGCGCGACACCGAGGCCCAGCAAAUCCCGCAGCCACACCACAUCCAACAGAGGUCAGAGCAUUGAAAGAUUUACAAAAGCCUCAACCUCGUGCACGGCGACGAGCACCGUCAUCGACUCGGCAUUCCCCAUUGACACAACCAGCACGGCGGGGUGCGUGCUUCAUGUGCGACCGAGGCAUUGGACCGAUCGGCCGGAGGGUUUGUCGAUCGAACAGCAGCAGGAACGAGGCUGGUCCCAGUGCCAGGGACCAUGUUCAAAGCCGCCUGCACUUGUCGGGUUCGUCCCUUGA